AUGUCGCCCCCACCUCCGAGCUCGGGACAGCGCAACAGUUUCGUCGGCAACCUCGCCGCGAGCGCAUUCUCCGCGUCAUUCGCUGAAGCAUGCACGAUCCCGCUGGACACCGCCAAGGUCCGACUGCAGCUGCAGGCUGGCUCCUCGGGCCCUCCCAAGUAUCGCGGGAUGCUCGGCACGGUGGCGACCGUGGCGAGGGAAGAGGGCGCUGCGGCGCUGUGGAAGGGUAUCGGUCCGGGAAUACACAGGCAGGUUCUCUUCGGAGGCCUGCGCAUCGGCCUGUACGAGCCCAUCAAGGACCUCUACGUCGGCAAAGACCACGUGGGCGACGUGCCACUCCAUCUCAAGGUGGCCGCGGGUCUCACAACCGGCGCCGUGGGGAUCACCAUCGCGUCGCCCACCGAUCUGGUCAAGGUGCGGAUGCAGGCGGAGGGUAAGCUUCCCGAGGGCGCGCCGCGAAGGUACCCGAGCGCGUUCAAGGCGUACGGAAUAAUCGCCAAACAGGAGGGAGUCGCGGCGCUGUGGACCGGCCUCUCGCCCAACAUCAUGCGCAACGCUAUAAUCAACGCCGCCGAGCUGGCGAGUUACGAUCAGGUCAAGUCAAGUCUGCUCUCGGCGGGGAUGAGCGACGGGGUGCCGUGCCACAUACUGUCGGGUCUCGGCGCCGGGUUCGUGGCUUGCGUCGUGGGUUCGCCGGUGGACGUCAUCAAGUCGAGGGUCAUGGCGGGGCGGUACUCCGGUUUCUUGGAUUGCGCGGUGACGACGGCGAGGGUGGAGGGACUGGGUGCGUUCUGGAAAGGGUUCCUCCCGAACUUUGGGCGGUUGGGCAGCUGGAACGUGGUGAUGUUCCUUACGCUCGAGCAGGUGCGGAAGGCCAUGCGCGACAACAACCUCAUGUGA